AUGGGGGCGAGUCGAAAACUUCAGGGCGAGAUCGACCGCGUUCUCAAGAAGGUCCAAGAAGGCGUGGAUGUCUUCGAUAGCAUAUGGAACAAGGUUUAUGAUACGGACAAUGCGAACCAGAAGGAAAAGUUUGAGGCGGACCUAAAGAAGGAGAUUAAGAAGCUCCAGAGGUACAGGGACCAAAUCAAGACUUGGAUUCAAUCCAGUGAAAUCAAGGAUAAGAAGGAUCCGAGGGAGAAGGCCAAGUCUGAGACAAGGGAUUGGAUAAACAAUGUGGUUGGGGAGUUGGAAUCUCAGAUUGACAGCUUUGAAGCUGAGAUUGAAGGCCUAUCUUUCAGGAAAGGGAAGGGCAGACCACCCAGACUGACCCAUCUAGAGACAUCUAUUACUCGGCAUAAGGCUCACAUAAUGAAGUUAGAACUGAUCCUGAGGCUAUUGGAUAAUGAUGAAUUGAGUCCUGAGCAGGUCAAUGAUGUCAAAGACUUCUUGGAAGACUAUGUUGAACGCAAUCAGGAGGAUUUUGAUGAGUUUAGUGAAGUUGAUGAGCUUUACAACACCUUACCAUUGGACAAAGUGGAGUCCCUUGAAGAUCUGGUUACUAUUGUCCCUCCUGGUCUUGUCAAGGGUGCACCGGUGCUUGGCUUGAAGACUUCUUUGGCAGUAUCCGCAUCUCCAAUGCCUGCCGCAGCUACUUCCACUACUCAGCAGAGUACUUCUGUGCAAGAGCCAGUUGAAGAUACAGUUUCCCAGGACAGUAAUGUUGAUAAUAUUCCUAGGACUCCACCUCCUAAAAGUAGUGCACUUGCUUCUUCUCCUGCAUCAACACCAGUUGGGGGUCAUGCAAGUCCUCUCUCUGUGAGUGUUUCAUCUCACAAUUUGCCUGGUGCGCCAAGUGUUUCAGCCGUUCCAGGUUCAAUUGCUGUUCGUGGUGUCACAGAGAAUGCAGGAGCUUCUAAUUCUUCAUCUCCUGUAAGUCUGUCCGCUUCUGUGAAGGAAGAAGAAUUAGCAAGCUUCCCGGGCCGUAGACCAUCGCCAUCUCUUUCUGAUGCUGGGCUUGUGAGGGGCAUUGGUAGAGGUGGCCUCUCUGCACAGAUUCCAUCUAGUAUCCCUCUUAGUUCUAGCAAUGUAGCUCCUAGUAAUAGUACCCUUAGUGCAGCUCCUUCGGUUUCUGAUGUGACAAAGAGAAAUAUAUUGGGAGCUGAUGAGAGAAUUGGGAGUAGUAGUGUAGCGCAGCCUCUUGUUUCCCCUCUAAGUAACAGAUUGAUCUUGCCUCAAGCUGCCAAGGCUAGUGAUGGAAGUAUUCCAGUUGAUUCUGGUAAUGCUGGUGAGGCUGCUGCUAUUCCUGGCAGAGCAUUUUCUCCUUCUAUGGUCUCUAGCAUGCAAUGGAGGCCUGGAAGUUCCUUCCAAAACCAGAACGAAGCGGGGUUGUUUCGUGGAAGAACUGAAAUAGCACCUGAUCAGAGGGAGAAAUUUUUGCAGCGGCUCCAACAAGUGCAGCAAGGUCACAGUACCAUUCUCGGCAUGCCUCCUCUUGCUGGUGGAAAUCAUAAGCAAUUUUCUGGACAGCAGCAAAAUCCACUCUUACAACAGUUUAAUUCUCCGAACUCAUCUGUAUCUUCUCAAGCUGGCCUCGGACUAGGGGUACAAGCCCCAGGUCUUGGUACUGUUGCACCUACCACCUUACAGCAGCAGCUAAAUUCUAUCCAUCAACAAUCUAACCAACAGGCAUUGAUGUCGAGUGGACCAAAAGAAGCUGAUGUUGGUCAUCCAAAAGUUGAGGACCAGCAGCAACAACAAAAUACACCUGAUGAUUCAACUGCAGACUCUACUCCGGUUUCUGGGCUUGUAAAGAAUCUAAUUAAUGAGGAUGAUUUGAAAGCCUCAUAUGCAAUUGAUUCUUUGGCUGGAGUUUCUGGCUCUUCGACAGAGCCUGCUCAAGUACCACGAGAUAUCGAUCUCUCUCCUGGGCAACCUUUACAGCCCAAUCAACCUUCUAGUAGUCUUGGUGUUAUUGGCCGAAGAAGUGUUUCUGACCUUGGUGCAAUUGGUGAUAACCUUUCUGGAUCAACUCCUAAUUCUGGGGGAACGCAUGAUCAGUUGUAUAAUUUGCAGAUGCUUGAAGCUGCUUAUUACAAACUUCCACAACCCAAAGACUCGGAACGUGCAAGGAGCUACACUCCAAGGCACCCUGCAAUAACUCCUCCUAGCUACCCCCAAGCACAAGCACCUAUUGUUAACAAUCCUGCCUUCUGGGAACGUUUGGGUCUUGAACCGUACGGUACUGAUACCCUGUUCUUUGCAUUUUACUAUCAGCAGAACACUUAUCAGCAAUAUUUGGCGGCCAAAGAGUUGAAGAAGCAAUCUUGGAGAUACCACAGGAAAUAUAACACUUGGUUUCAACGACACGAGGAGCCAAAAGUUGCCACUGAUGAAUAUGAACAGGGGACAUAUGUGUACUUUGACUUCCAUAUCGCAAAUGAUGAUCUACAACAUGGAUGGUAUGAUUUUAUUGAUCCAAGUUCAAGUUUCUGUGUUUCUUCGUGCUACUUGUUCUUAUGUGGAGUCUAA